CGGUGGUAAUACUGCAUUAUAAAGAGGAAUAAUUUGGGAGGUUUGGAAGGAGUUACUUCCCUUAGAAGUGCAAAGCUGUGAUAUUUGGGACGGGGAGCUGACGUGUGAUGCAAAAUGUUGCGUAAUGCAUUCGCUUGCACGAGAUAUGUCAAACCGUAUAUCAAAAACAUAUCCAAGACUCGGCUCCUGGCACAAACUGAAAGAAAUCCAUUGUGCAGAUUUUACAGUGGGAGCCACGGAACCGCUCGGCAUAGUCUCCGCCUCGGUCCAUCGAAUCUGCGAGUCAUUGGCAGGUGCGCGUUUGUUCUAGUGGGAACAUGUAUGGGGGUGAAGAUGUGGUUGAUCAGCGCCGGGUGCGAGGAGGCCGCUCACCCAGACUCUGCACAGACUGAAUACAAGGGGGACACAUCACAAACGCUGGAAGAGGCAAUCGCCAAAUCCAGGGAUAUUCUUCAAAGGGUCAAGGAUGAGACUGGCAGUCCGGGCAUCGUGGUGGGGGUCAGCGUGGAUGGGAAGCAGGUGUGGAACCUAGGGCUCGGCUACCAAGAUGUAGAGAACCGAGUCGCAUGUACUCCAGACACAGUAAUGAGGAUCGCUAGCAUCAGCAAACCCAUCACCAUGGCGGUUGCCGGCAAACUGAAGGAGAUGGGUCUGCUGGAUCUGGAUAGGCCUGUCCAAGAUUACGUCCCAUACUUCCCGGAAAAGUUGGUGGAUGGACGGAAGGUUACCAUAACAACAAGACAGCUGCUCUCCCACCUGGGAGGAAUCAGGCAUUAUGGCAAGGAAUACAUGAAGGACAAGGACAAAGCUGACAAGACGUCAAUUGAGAACGCCUCCCCGGAGAAAGCGGAGAUGGAACACCUGGAAUAUUACCUGAAGAAACACUUCAAAUCUGUCAAGUCGAGCCUGGAGCUGUUCAAAGAUGACCCUCUUGUCCACAAACCAGGCAGCAAGUUCCUGUAUACUACUCACGGUUACACGCUGGUCAGUGCUGUCCUAGAGGGCGCUAGUAAGAAGACGUUCAGGGAACUUCUUCUGGGACUUUUCAAAGACCUUGGACUGAAGCAUACAUAUCUGGAUGAAAAUACUCCAGUUAUCUAUAAUAGGUCAAGAUAUUACGUGAAGAACAACAAAGGUCGGCUGAUCAACGCCCCAUAUGUUGACAACUCGUACAAAUGGGCCGGAGGUGGUCUUCUGUCGACCGUGGCCGACCUGUGUAAGUUCGGCAAUGUCAUGCUGUACAGUUAUCAACAUCAGCUGCCGGAGAAGUCAGUUGUUGAAGACACCGACCCUAGAUCUCAGUCAGACCUGGAUACUUCUGCAAAUGGGAAGCAAACUGAAGGCUCUGAGAAAAGAUAUUUGAAUGGCUAUCUGAAGCGAGAGACCGUCGGGGAAAUGUGGCAACCUGUGGACAACACUGAGUGCUCCUGGGACAAAGAUGGUGGAUACGCGCUCGGCUGGGCCAUCAUUCCGGAGAAGCUGGAUCACGGAUGUUGUAGACACCAGAGACACUACGUUACUCACACAGGGGGCGCUAUCGGAGCCAGUAGUGUGUUGGUGGUGGUGCCUCGGUCAGGGGUUGACAACCCACCUUCAGGGGUUGUCGUGGCAAUCAUGGUCAACAUGAUAUCAAUAGGGUUAAACAAGACCGCACUUUCAAUUGCAGAAGAGUUUGAAAAAGUUGGGAAACUGAGGAGAUGACGGUGACACCAAGCCAUUUUGCUGUGCUCAAGGGAGGUAAUCUGCUCAACAGAGAGACACUGUGAAUCAGGGGAGGUAAUACACUCCUUGGGGAGUAGACGCGCCAACAAUAUGUCAAUGUACAUGAAGGACAUUGUUAGGAUAUUAAUUUUUAAACUUUUUAAAUAUUUGGGGCAGUUAUGUUCUACAUUUGCUACAGUUGUUAGACUUGCUGUGAAAAAUGCCCUGUUGAGUUUAUAUAUCAUGUAUCGUAAUAUAUAUAUCACAGUGUAUGUUAUGAUAAUGAAUGCAGAAUGUGGUAUGUUCCUGUGUUAGAGUAGGUCCCCAACAAAUCAUGCUCAUUGAGAGAGGCUACUGAGUGAAAAAAAUUCUGGUGACAAGCGUGUCCUCGUACCCAUUAUUCUGACGGUAUUGAGCACUGGAUUGUCUGGUCCGCCUUCACCGAGUGAUGCCAAACUAAAGUCUUUUCUCUACCCAUCCAUGUGCUCACUGUUGUAAGUCUAGGAAAUCCUGCUUGCCCCUUUCGUGGUCUACAGGGUGGUGGAGUGGCUAGUAGUUAAGACGUUGUCUUGUAACGCUGAAGACAGGGGUUCGAUUUCCCACAUUGGUACAGUGUGUGAAGCCCAUUUCUGGUCUACCCCGUCGUGACAUUGCUGGAAUAUUGCUAAAAGUGGUGUAAAACUCACUCUUGGUCUGCACUGCACUUGGUCUCUGAAUAUAUAUAAUUUUGAUUUGAUUCCAUUGAAAAGGAGCCCCAGUUAGAUGGCAAAACUCUAGACUUGCUUCAUUUAGGGCUUCUGCAUUGCAAGAGGGCUAGGCAGUCGGGGGAAAAAUGUGGUUCAGGGACUGUGGGGACUAAAAUGGGUGAAACAAAAUAAAUUAA